AUGGUUGAAGAUGGUCUGCAGAUAUCUGGGGAGGCUGAGAUGAUGGACUACCGUCCUUCCCAGCGCUCUGAGCUAGACAUUGACAUGCCUGUGAGACAAAAAGGGAAACGACGUGGAAAGAAGAAAACUGCUUGUGGAGAGUCGUCAUCUUCAAUGAUGGAUGCUCAUUUGGUAGAUGAUUCCGAUGAAGAUUUUUGGUAUCAGAGCCUUGGUUCAAGGCUAGGCCUGUGUGGCUCCGGGUUCUGUGGAUUGCGCUUGCAAGUUCUCCAAUGUCUCUGCGUGAGCUCGAUCAAGACCUGCGGUGACCUGGUGGCACAUCCGGUAGAGUGGUCGGAUCCAUCAAGGAAAAAAAUACAGUACCAUUACAAAGAGCACGACUUCAACAUUUCCAUAUCCUGGAUGCCGUUUCUGGUGAAGACCGGAAUCCUAGACCCCUCCCUCGGUCACCCGUUCGAUCUAUACCUCGACGAGUUCGACGACACCUGGUCCAACCAAACCGCGCACUUCCACUACGUCAUAAUCUCCGCGGGCCACUGGUUCUUCCACCCGAGCUACUUCCACCUCCAACACCGCCUCCACGGCUGCCUCUACUGUCCGGAGCCCGACUCCAACAACAUCACCCACCUCACGCCCGCCUUCGCCUACCGCCGGGCAUUCCGGACGGCGUUUCGCGCUACGGGCUACAAGACGUUCGUGCGGACAUUCGCGCCGUCGCAUUUUGAGGGCGGCGCGUGGGAUAAGGGCGGGAAUUGCCUGCGGACGAGGCCAUUCACGAGGAACGAGAGGUCGCUGGAUGAGAAAGCGUUGGAGUUUUACACGAUACAGCUGGAGGAGCUGGGAAUUGCAAGGACGCAGAAUAGAGGGAAGAGGUUUGUUCUUUUUGAUACCACCAAGCCUAUGGUGUUGAGGCCGGAUGGCCAUCUUAGUAUAUAUGGCCAUUUUCCAGGGGCAAAAUUGGUAAUGCCGAAUGACUGUGUGCAUUGGUGUUUGCCUGGACCCAUUGAUGCUUGGAGUGAUUUUUUGCAGGAACCGUUAAAGAGGGAAGUUGUACACAAAUGA